AAGCGGGUCCGCGCGGAAUCGUUUCCCCCAGGCGGGCGGCGGCGGGCGGCCGGGGCGGAUGAGCAAAGCGUGGCGGCGCGGCAGGAUGGAGGGCGGCGAGGCCGGCGAGGAGGAGGCGGCGGGCGGCCACGGCGCGCACAAGAAGAAGCACAAGAAGCACAAGAAGAAGCACAAGAAGAAGCACCACCACGAGCCGGCGGCGCCGGCCGAGGGCCCGGAGCCCCCCGCCGCCCUGCGCAAGCCCCAGCUCAAGCUGAAGAUCAAGCUCGGGGGGCAGAUCCUGGGCACCAAGAGCGUGCCGACCUUCACGGUGGUCCCCGAGGUGCCGCGCUCCCCCUCCCCGCUGAUGGUCGUGGAUGAGGAGGACGAGCCCACAGAGGGGGUGCCCAUCGAGCAGUAUCGGGCCUGGCUGGAUGAGGACAGUAACCUGGACCCGUCGCCUCUGCCGGACUUGGACUCGGAGAGCUGCUUCCCUGCUCGUGAGGAGGAGGAGGAGGAGGAAGAGCGCUGGCUGGAUGCGCUGGAGAAGGGCGAGCUGGACGACAACGGGGAGCUCAAGAAGGAGGUGGACGAGUCCUUGCUCACGGCCAGACAGAAAGCGCUCCUGCACAAGCAGCAGAGCCAGCCGCUGCUGGAGCUACCCAUGGGCUAUAAGACGAAGGAGAUGACAGAGGAGAUGCUGGUGAAGCGAGAGGAGCGUGCCCGCAAGAGGCGCCUGCAGGCGGCCAAGAAGGCGGAGGAGAACAAGAACCAGACCAUUGAGCGCCUCACCAAGACCAACAAGGCCAAGGUGAAGACGCUGCGGGAGCGCAAGGCCAAGCAGGCGCCCUGCCCCGUCGUGCACUACUGCAACGCCACCGACCGCAUCACCGUGUCCUUCCCCGCUGGCAUGGCCCUGCCGCUGCUGCCCGCCCCCGCCCCUGUGGUGCCCGUGCCUGUGCUCUGCGGGGUGAGCGGCUGCCCCAACCGCAAGCGCUACUCCUGCUCGCGCACGGGCCUGCCCCUCUGCAGCCUGGCCUGCUACAAGAAGAACUUGCAGCUGCAGGAGGCCGCAGCCUAGGUGCGUGUGGCCCUGCGGCCGUGCCCUUUUCGGGGCACGUGGCGGGUGCCCAGCUGGUUCGGGGUAUGGCGUGGCUCUGGGCAGACUGAGUGCCAGGACCUGGCAGUCUGGCGGACUCGUGGAGCCAUCUCGGAGCUGGCUGCAUGGCUGGCCCUGAGGUGGAGCGGGGCUGCGCUCUCCACGCUGCCCAGCCAGGCGCUGUGGCACGGCAGUGGCCACUGCAGGCGAGGAGUAUUGCUGGUGCAGCACGAGUCAGACUGUCGGUUCACAUCUCCGAACGCUGCUGCGAGGUGGCCCAGCCCUCCCGAACAGAUCUCUCUGCCUGGAUGUGCAGCUGGGGACUGAGGGGAGCCUCCCGGAGUGGCCAUGUCUGGCUGGACCGCCGUGGGGCUGACGGCUUCCCAGCUCAAGGGGACGGGUACACGGCCAUGUCCCUCGUGUGGGCUAGUCCUGGCCGCUGGUGCCAGGCGCCCAGGCCCAGCACAUGCCUUUGCUCUGGCUACUUGUGCGGGGAGCUCUGGCUGUGCCCGGAAGGACAAGCAAGGCCAGAGCCGGGGGGAGAGCUCGUGGCUGUGCGCAGCCACGGAGGAGGUGGUGGGCGUUCGGCUGCCUCUGCCUCUGGCUCCAUCCUCCCCGGUCCUCUGCACGCUCAGGGGAUCGUGCUGGCUGCUGGGCCCAGGCUCACAAGCAACCGGCCUAGCUGCUCCUGUGAAGCUCAAUAAAUUGUGGCGGUGGAGAA